AUGGCGACGAAGCGGCCGCCCCGGCGGGGAGGGCCCGGCGGCUGCCGCGGCUUUUCCUGCGCCGAGCGCGGCCAGAAGGGGCAGAGCUGAGCCGGGCAGGGCCGAGCCGAGCCGAGCCAGGAGCUCCGCACCCCGCACCGCACCGGCCCCCGGCCCCGGCGGGACCGCCGCCGCCCCGCAGGGGAAUAAACUGAAGUGAAAAAGAAGUGACUGGAAAAGAAAUUAAGGAGCACUUUGAAGGAACAGAUUAAUUUCCUAACAGGAUCAAGUUUCAAUUAAAUGGCUGAUAAACAGAUCAGUUUACCUGCCAAGCUGAUCAAUGGAGGGAUAGCUGGGCUGAUUGGAGUCACCUGUGUGUUUCCCAUUGACCUGGCAAAGACUCGGCUGCAGAACCAGCAGAAUGGCCAGAGGUUAUACACCAGCAUGUCUGACUGCCUGCUUAAAACAAUCCGCUCAGAAGGCUACUUUGGGAUGUACAGAGGGGCUGCAGUGAACCUGACUCUGGUGACACCAGAAAAGGCCAUCAAGCUGGCAGCCAAUGACUUCUUCCGGCAUCACCUCUCCAAAGAUGGGAAAAAGUUGACCCUGCUGAGGGAGAUGCUGGCAGGCUGUGGGGCAGGUACCUGCCAGGUGAUUGUCACCACUCCCAUGGAGAUGCUCAAAAUCCAGCUGCAGGAUGCAGGGAGAAUUGCGGCACAGAAGAAGCUGAUGGCAGCACAGGCUCAGCUCUCCCCAGCCCCUGCCCCGGGGCAUUCCCAGCCGCUGGAAUCCCGAACCACAGCCAUGCAGCUCACCAGGGAGCUCCUGAGGAGCAAAGGCAUCGCCGGGCUCUACAAGGGGCUGGGAGCCACACUGCUGAGGGAUGUCCCGUUCUCCAUUGUUUACUUCCCACUCUUUGCAAACCUGAACAAGCUGGGCCAGAAGGACCCCAGUGUCAAGGCUCCAUUCUACGUGUCCUUCCUCUCGGGCUGUGUGGCUGGCAGCACAGCUGCAGUGGCUGUCAACCCUUGUGAUGUGAUCAAAACACGGCUGCAGUCCCUGCAGAGAGGAGUGAAUGAGGACACCUACUCAGGAAUCCUGGACUGCAUCAAGAAGAUCUGGCAGAAGGAAGGUCCCACAGCCUUUCUGAAAGGGGCGUACUGCCGAGCACUGGUCAUCGCCCCUCUCUUCGGCAUCGCCCAAGUCGUCUACUUCAUCGGCAUCGCCGAGUUCCUGCUGGACAUGCUCCCCCAGCACCCCCGUGCCUAGCCCAGCACCCCUCCUGUGCCCCUCCUGUGCCCCUCCUGUGCCCCUCCUGUGCCCCUCCUGCCCUCCUCAGCACUCAUCCAUCCCCAUCCUCACCAUCCGUGUCCAAUCAUGUCAGAGCAACAGCACAAAGGGUUCGUGCAGGGAUGCCGAGGGGACGUGGUCUCCAGAGAAGCAAAUGCAGGGAAGGGAGAGAAUCCCUUUUCUGUCUUGGUCUGGAACCUGCCCCCUCCCACUCCUUCCAUGGACAACACCUAAUUUUGCAUUGUUUUUCUUCUUUUGUUUUUAAAUUGUCACUGGUAAGGACACUGCUAAGCACAGACUGGGCUUGCUGACCCAGGAAUCUCCUCCCAGUCUUGGGGAGGAAGAGGGAUAGGAAGGAAAUAAUCUGAAUCCUCAUCCACCCCUGCUGCCCUCUUUUUUCCUUGAGUUUCCAGCUAUGUGAGGAGGAGCUGGAAGGGCAGCUGUGUCCCCUCAGCCCCCCCUCAGCACUGACCUGAGAGUGGGCACUGUGCAAAGGGGGCUCAUCUCAUUGCUGCUGGGGGCACGGGGCAGGGGAUGCUGGAUCUGGCAAGUUCCUUGGCCUGGAAACCUUCACCCCUUCCUUCUGCCAUUCUUGGAAACACGUUGGACUUAGAUGAACUUCCUGGAGAUCAGAGGAAGGGCAAGGGAAUUAACUACUGUUGAUUUUAUAAUUAAUUUGGUUUUAAAGCAAAGGGAUGUCCCUCGUAAGUGGGUGGAGGCACAGGCACUUCUGGAUGAGGUGCAGAGAUGGGAUGUCUGCUGUGUAGGGAUAAUGUUUGUGGGAUCACAGAAAUGUCUGAAGGUGCUUCAGUGCUUGGCUACAGGCAGGGCGUGGAGAGGAACUUGGGAUCAAGUUAUUUUUGUUUGUGUGGUUUGGGGAGGGUUUUUUUUGUUUGUUAUUUUUCUUGGGUUUUUUUGUUUGUUUGUUUGUUGUUUUUUUUUUAAUGCAGGGGCUGUGGGGAGGGAAAGCCAAACAACAAGAAACCACUUAACAUUCCUUCAUCUUUCCCACCCCCGGGGUGAUAAAGUGGUGGCCACAGGUACAGACCAGCUGAUUUUUAAUUUCUUUUGUCCCCAGCCCCCUGGGGAGAAACACAGCACCUGUGUCCUCAGGUGGAAACACAAGGUCUGGUGGCACUUGAAGGUGUGACACGGGUGUGUUUGGAGCUGGAAGAGGCAGAGGAGCUGUCUGUGUGUCCCUGGUCACCCUGCUUGCUUCAGGGGUGGCAAAUCCACACCUCCACCUGCUGUGUCAAAGGGACUGCCCCAGCUAGAAUAACCUGUCAGAGGAUUUCCUUGUCCAGUACUCCCUCGGGCUGUAUGGUUAAUUCUAGUGUAAAUGUUCUUAAGUGUGAGAUCUACCAACCCAGUGUGAUCUUCUCCAUUAUUUAUUCUAUUUGGUGCAAUCCACCUGACUUUGGUGUUUAAAUUAAACUGGUCAAAUUCACUUUUCAUUCCUUCUUUUUGCUUUUGUUUCCCAGGCGCUUGCUUGUUGUUUGUGUUUGAAAUGUAUAUUUAAAUUAAUUUUUGAACAAAACAAAACAAAACAAAACAACUGUUUCUAAUGUUUAAGAGAACCACCUCUGUAUCAGUCUUCUUUUUCAAAACCUGUAUGUUGAGGGCCUUCUUCCUUGGUGAGUCGUUUUUCUCUUAGAAAGAUUUGUUCUGUGGCUGAUUUGUUACUUGUCACUUUGCAUAUGCUAAUGAUUUUCUUCAUAAUUUUUUUUCUUUAAUUUGUUUGUGUAUCUGGGAAAGGAUCUGUGCAAAGAUAAUGAUAGAUGUCUGUGCUGUGUGUAGUGCUGUGAUGCUGCUCUUGCUCUGAAUUUCCCUUGAGUGGAUUAAAAGAGAGAUUUUUUUUAUU